GGUGUCACCUCCGGGGCUUCCUUGCUGCGUCUCGUCGUUGGGGCCCGCCACAAGAUGGCGGACCUGUCUCUGGAUGAGCUCAUACGGAAACGCGGCGUGACGGUGAAGGGGAGACUUAACACAAGGCCAGUGUUUGGAGGUGUAAGAUCUCGCAUUGGGAUCCAGCAAAAUCUUCUAAAUAGAUCGUCGUCAGCUGUCGGCUUCCAGCGGACAUUUGAUGCCCGACAGAAGAUUGGACUCACUGAUGCCCGACACAAACUGGGGGUUAAAGAUGCCCGUGAAAAACUGGUUCAAAAGGACGCUCGGUUCAAAAUCAAAGGGAAGGUGCAGGAUGCUCGAGAGAUGUUGAAUUCCCGUAAGCAGCAAAGUGUUGCUGCCGAAAAGGUGACCAAAGUGGUGGAUGCCAGAGAGAAGAUCAGCUUAAAAAGGAGCGUUCCAGCUGCUAUGAGCCCAGCUGUGGGGACAGUAAAUCUAGCCAUGAAAAUCACCAAAACAAUCCAACAGAAGGCACCAGUUCCUGGACACUCUCAUCCAGCAGGAAUGAGGAUCAAUGUGGUGAACAACCAUACACACAAACAGGGUCUGUAUGACAUGGAAGAUGAUGAUGAGAGUGUCUCUCCCCUUCCUAGCAAACAGAUGAAAAUCACCACCACAAACAGUUUCCUGAACAAUUCGACUGGUGUGAGCGGCAAUAAAUUCUCUCUGUCCAAGACUGUUCCCCUGACUAAAGUGGUCCAAAAUGAUACAUACACAGCUCCACCUGCACCUCCCUCUCCUAUGCGGACGAAGGCCUUGACAAACAUGUCUCGGACUUUAGUGACAAAGGAAGAGCCUCCAAAAGAGCCGGCACCUGUUGAGCUGGCGUUCAGUCCUUUGGAAGGCACAAAGAUGACCGUAAAUAAUCUGCAUCCUCGAGUCACAGAGGAAGACAUUGUUGAGUUAUUCUGCGUGUGUGGCGCUCUGAAGCGAGCCCGGCUGGUGCACCCUGGAGUGGCUGAGGUAGUAUUUGUGAAGAAAGAAGAUGCUAUCGCAGCAUAUAAGAAGUACAACAACAGGUGCUUAGAUGGUCAACCAAUGAAAUGCAAUCUUCAUAUGAAUGGGAAUGUUAUCACCUCAGACCAGUCUAUAUUGCUCCGAUUGAGCGAUACCCCUUCAGUGAAGAAGGAAGGGGAACCACGCCGGUCAAGUGCAAGCACCUCCUCAAAUCCCCCAGCUGAAGUGGACCCUGACACUAUCUUGAAGGCACUCUUCAAAUCCUCAGGGGUCUCUGCCUCUGUGCAGCCCACAGAAUUUAAAAUUAAACUCUGAGAAGCGGGAGCAAGCAGUGGACUGGAAAACUCAUAUAAGUUGGGGGGUGGGGAAAGUGCAGGAGUGCAGAUGUUAUUUGCAUUUGCCUGCCUUGAAAUUUUUUGUUUUCUAUGAUCGCUACUUUACUGUAUGAUAGUGUUUCCUCUUGUGUGUGUACUUUCUGUUUUCAUAGUUGGAGUUUUCUUCCAUAUUUUUUUUUCCCAAAAGAAUAACCUCCCCCUUCUGCCAGUAAUGUAUUACCAAGCAUAUACCAUGUAACUCCAUCCUUUACUCCAAAGCCCCCAGUGGCCAUUAAAAGUGCACAUAGACUUUGAGGGAAGGAGUGGUGAUCUCCUCCUCUUUUCUUCUGACUGACUUUUAACUAAAAGGUGCAUCCCCUUGAUUGUCCACAGGCAAGAACACCACGUUGUUUCUGAAGUUGCUGCGCUGGGUACAAAGUCAGGUUGGGCUCCCUACAGGAAGCACCAUCUUGCAUCUUUGACUUGUGUGCAUUUGGUGGCAUACCAGUUCAUUCUGGCUGUUGGACAUGUUCCUGCUCAGCAGCUGAGACGUUGAGGAGUGUGAAAAACUGAGCUUCCUGUUGUGUAUGCCAGCCAACAGAGGCCUCAGGCAGAAAGGACAUAUGCACAAGUGCACCAGCCAUUGUGCUGUGGGAAGGGAGGUUUCAACUCUGGUAAUGCUGUGGGGUUGUUCUGGUGUUUUUACAAUGAAUAUAUUUGCUCUGUAAGGUCAGGCUAUGUUACUCUCCUCUUUCUGGACUGAAAAAUUAAGAACCAGUUGUGUUCAGAGCUAGAAGAAAUGCAGAUAUUUCUCUCCCAUCAGACUAUAUUCCAUCCUCCUGCUGAUGCAGGGACAUUAAUUUUGUGCUUACCUUCUAACUCACCCACUCUCCUAUAAAAAGGGAGGACAUGGGACCCUUUACCCCUGAAGCAGUCCUAUUUUGUGUCUGAGAACUCACUUCUUUGAGAGAUGCCACUUGGGCAGUGUUUGGCUGCUGUGUGGGCAUGCUGUUGACAUACCUGGAUUUGAAGGAUGAUUGCUGCAGUUACGGCUUCAGAGAGAGAUUUUGGAGCAGAGAGCAGUUAGCAUUCUAAGGAACACAGGAGAGGAGUCUCAAGUCCUGUGCAGAACCAUGAGAAUGUGCUAUGGGCCAGUAAGUGUCUGUGACAGGCCACCAGGUGGCACUUCCAGUGCUUCUCAUUCUUUGUACGGCAUUGUUGCCUUGGAUGUUGAAAGUACCAAUAGCUCCAUUCAUUUGUGUUUGUUCAGAUUGUAUUAUAAGAGAGGAAAGCUGAGAGCAAUUUCCAGAAUCAGGUUGGGAUUUGAACUUGAUCCUGCCAGCUAGGAGACUAACCUGUUCAUUCUGUUCAGCUCUGCUGAGUACCUUUCGUAGGUCCAGGUUCCUUUUCUUGGUCAACCCUACGUUUCUUUUGCUUUAUUGUUCUGUGUGAACUCUUUGCUCUAUCUGGCUCGUGCAAACCAUUCCUCUGUCUCACCCUUUUAGCCAUGGAAAUAACUGAGGACUUGGCAGGACUUGUUUUUAUGGAAUACUCUCUUUGUUUAGAAAGCCAACGACACCAUUACUGGUAGGGUGCUUCAUGUGAACAGCAGAUGUUUGUAGGGGAGGAGACCUAAGACAGCUAUUGUUCUCCUUUUUUAGAUUGCCCACCAAAUACGUGUUUUAAUAAAAAAAAAAAGGGGGGGGGGAAGGGGGAGGAAACACAUUAGGGGUUGGGGAAGAUAAUGUAUUACCUGUUUCUGAAUAAACGUUUGUUAUAAAGAGGGUGAAUUCUAAGCCUUUUUAGAUGCUGUGAAGCAACUAAAGAUAAGUGGAGUUGUUCCAACAGUGAGCUAAGGAUGUGUUUCAGAUGAACAGAAAUUUCAAAACUGAUAAUGCGAUGAAGAGCAAGAGGAGCAUAUGGGUGAAAGAACUGAUACUCAUCCACCUUUUAAUCUGGAUCAUAGAAAUUAGCAGUUGACUCUUACUACUAAGUGGGGGCUGUUUGUGUCCAUCUAAUUCCAAUUCUCUUGUCACAAUAAAAAAGAGCAUUUGUUAUUGACAACCUACUAAUUUAAAAAGUAAUUUUAUAAAAUAACAGCUGUGAAACAGGGUACCUGUUCUAGAUAAGGUAGGGUGCUUUCAUUAUCAACCAGACAGAAAGCUGUGGAAAUGUGAAGAUGUGUAUUGUGAGUGCAUCUCGUGUCCCUUCUGAGAGAAUGGGGAGAUUCAAGCAUUUUUUAAAAUUAAGAGAUUCAUGUCCAUUUAAAAAGCCAAACAGCAAGAUGCACUUUAACUUCCUGUUAAAUUGUGCAUUGUGUUUAGGUUAUCUGUGAGAGUUUAUGAUGACAUUAAGAUACUUCUUUGGAAGAACCAAUGCUCCGUUCUCCAGCUCUGUGAUAUAUGACAGUAUAUUUUUAUUUUUUUAUAAAUUGGUGAUGUCAGUGAUUCUCUAAACACCACUCCAUGAUUUGUCUUACAGCAAUGUCUUGGUAUACAUUGCUCUUCUGUUCUUGGUCAGUUCUUUAAAGUUAAUCUUAGUCUUCUAAUACACCACAGUAUGGCUUCUUUGGUUGGGCACUGAAAGUAAUCAGUUCUCCCUACUCCUUUUCAGGUAGUUCAUCUUGCAGCUCUCCAAUUUCUCCUGGUUGUCCUGCAAUUGUCAUGCUAAUCUUAUUUGCUUACAUAGCACUGACCUCACAUCCUCCACCUUUGUGCUCAUGCAGCAUGGUUAUAUUUUUGGUUGUUUUUUUUUGUUUUGGUUUGAUUUUCAUUGUUUUUUCUUCCCCUGGGCUGAUAGAGAUUAUAAACUUGCAUAUGAAAUACCGAUUGCCUGCACUAAAUUAAUGUGCAUUAAUUUAGUAAUUAAAUUAAACAACUGGCCAGGACAGGUGGUAGGUAAUUUGUAAUGGUGUUUCUUUUUUUCCUUUUUCAAAAAUGUGAUGACUUCUGAAGUGAUACCAUAAUGUGCAAGUUUGGUAUCUUUUCAUGGCUUCUGCAUGUACCAUUCCUUCUGAUAAUGUUCAUUAACUUGGAUAUUUGGUUGGGUCAACUCUCCACAUCAUUUCAUGUUUUGUCACUGCGUGCAUUAGUCUUGCUUCAGUAUCUUAUUUUUGGAGUAGUCCUCUCUUCCAUUCAGUCAUAAAUACAAAUUCCUCUGUAAACAGUGA